AUGUGGAAAGAAGGAAGGUACCAGGAAAACGUUGAAGCCGGUCAUAGAGAAGCGUGCAAGGGAUUGAGCAUGGGAUCCGUACAGCGCUUGCGGUGGUGCAACCAGCUGUCUCCGCAGGUGGAGCACCGCGCCUUUACGCCGGAGGAAGACGAUACUAUUGUUCGGGCGCAUGCCAAGUUCGGCAACAAAUGGGCCACGAUUGCCCGGCUUCUAUCGGGUCGAACCGACAACGCCAUCAAAAACCACUGGAACUCCACACUCAAGCGCAAGUGCUCCUCCCUGAGCUCCGAUGAAGGCGGUAACUUCGAUAACAACGACGGCGGUGGUCAGCCGGAGCGGCCGUUGAAGAGAUCUGUCAGCGACGGGUCGGGUAUACCCGUUUCGGGUAUGUUCUUCAAUCCGGGCAGCCCGUCCGGGUCGGACGCCAGCGAUUCGAGUCUGCCUUCCCAUAUCUAUAAACCGGUGGCGAGAUCCGGCGUCGUUUUGCUUGAAACCGCUUCGUCCGUCGUUGACCCGACGACCAGUCUCAGCCUGUCUCUACCCGGAGUUGACCCGACCGAGUCAACCAAUCACAGGACCGAGUCAACUCAACCCUUAGCUGUUAAUCCCAUCAUCCACAUGCCGCCGCCGAUCCUGUCCAUUCCUCCGCCGCCGCCGCCUCCACCACCAUCGCCGCCUACACAUGUCAUCUCUUUAAGUCAGCUGAGAACUCACAUCGCGUCUGGGCUGGGAUCACCGGCAACACUAGCUCCGCCGGCGCCGUCGCCGAUGCCGGCGGCGGCGGUGCAGCAGCAGCCGGACAAUGUGUUCGUGCCGUUCGGGGCGGAGCUAAUGGCGGUGAUGCAGGAAAUGAUAAAAUCGGAGGUGAGGAAUUACAUGAUGGGAUUAGAAACACAGCAGCAGCGAUAUCAAAUCCAACAGCAGCAAGAACAGCAGCAAUACAUUAAUAUUCAGCAUCAACAACAACAACAACAACAACAGUAUAAUAAUGCCUAUGAAGGAUUCAGGAAUGCCGCCAUGAAGCGCAUCGGAAUCAGCCGGAUCGAUUGAUUUUAUUAAAUUUUUUUUUUUAAUUAAUGUUUAUUCAGUGACAAAUGGAGAAAGAAACGUUCUUGGUUUCUUGUUUAGGAUGAUGAAGUUUACCUUUUUUUUUUUAUUAAUUUAAUUAAAAAAAUUAAAAAAAAAAAUGGUCUUUGUACAGGGAGGCAGAUGAGAUGGUUAGAAGAGGUUUAAAACAAUUUUUUGUUCUGUUUCUAAA